UAUUGUCAUCAGGAAAAUUAAACCUGUGCCGACAAUACUACUCAGAAACAUUUUUUCACUCAAAGCUAAGCUAUCAUGGCUUGGUUAUUAGUAGAUCAUGCUCUUCUUUUCAGUAGUCUCAUCUUUGCGUUUCUCCGGAUGACUCAAUCCACUGAUCCGGACAUCUUAUCAGACUUCGUGAUCCCUGCAAACGCAACCACCAUCGACGAAAAUUUCUUCACCUACACAGGGUUGCGGACAGCAUUUACAGCAGAAUUUCCGCCGGAUUUUAAGGCCUUAAAGGCAAACAUGGUGGAAUUCCCGGGUCUUGUUGGCCAAAGCAUCUCGUACUUGGUUGUUCAGCUUCCAAUAGGCUCAGUAAAUCCUCCGCACAUACAUCCUCGAUCCUCGGAGCUACUCUUUGUUAUAUCAGGUUACAUUGAGGCAGGUUUCGUGGACACGAGUAACAAACUGUACACGCAAACGCUUCAGCCCGGGGAUAUUUUUGUGGUACCGAAGGGAUUGUUACAUUAUCAGUACAAUGCGAAUGCUAGUUUUAAUGCCACGGCUUUGACUGCCUUUGGGAGUGCGAAUGGAGGUAAGGUUACACUUCCUGUGGCAUUAUUUGAGACUGGGAUCGACGAUUUGAUUUUAGCUAAGAGUUUUAAGACUGAUAUAGCUACGGUCCAGAAGAUCAAGGCCGGUUUAGCGCCCAAGGAAUAAGAUAUAUAAAGCUUCAAAUUACUUGCAUGAACUUUUACGCGAAAAAAAGAUUAAGGGAAAGGAGAAUUGAAUCAAGAAGAGGACACGUUAAAGAAAACACAAUGAUGCAAUGACAGAUAAUUAGAUAUGAUAUUUUCAUGAAAUUCGACAAUGAAAUAUUUGAUUACAGUAUAUUAUUUGUUCA